AUGAAUAACUCUCUGUCCAAUCCCGAAUCAGACGGCCAUUUUCAAGACCCGACCCAUUCACAGUUCAUAACCGAUGAACCAGCCUCCUCUUCCUCUUCUUCUUCCUCCUCUUCCGCUUCGUCAACCCGUCGCCAAGAUUUCUCACUUGGCAAUAUAACAAAACAUUUUAUUGACCUCAUUCACUCUUGCACAAAUGGUGAUCUCGACCUCAACAAAGCAGCAGACAAACUCAAGGUCCAGAAAAGACGCAUAUACGACAUAACAAAUGUACUCGAAGGCAUUCGUCUAAUCGAGAAGAAUUCAAAGAACCAUGUCCGUUGGAUUGGAGAUAUUCCAAGAGACAACUCUUAUUUGACACGAACAUCGCCACAUUCGCUGGCUGAACUUGAAGAAAAGGCUUCUCGGUUGAGAAUUGCUAAUCGAGCAUUGAUGGAAGAAAAGGAGCGACUCGAUGCAAUGAAUGUUGCAAUUGAUGACAAGACCAGACAGCUUAUGGCACAGAAUAAAGCCCAUUGUCAUAUCACGAGAAAUGACCUCCACCAAUUUGAGAAAAGAAAGGCGCCUGCAGCCCAACAGGAGACCAAAUUUUUGGCGGACCCGACAACCUUUGACCACGACAGGCCGUACAAACAAGAUUACAGAAUAAGCCAUUCUGCCACAAGGUCGGGCAGAUUAUCAAUUCAGGUCCCAAUCAGUCAUAGUCAUCCUUAUACUUUACCGCCCCACAAAUCAAGUAAAAAGUGCUUCAACCUGGCGCCAGAUUACUCGGAUCAACCAAUCCGUCUCCUAGGAUUACCUGCUCGGAAACAUAGAAACAGCACAUUGUCCUUGGACCAUAAUUUACAAUAA